AUGCGUGCUAAUCCCUCACUACCGGUCUCUAUAGGACGCAAGUGCGGGCCUGAUGGCGAGUUCGUAGACGUCGACGCUCCUCCUUUUCCACUGCCACCCCGUGCACCCGAUGACUGGGCCCCAUUUCGCGAUCGAAUCGAAUUCGAGACAGCGGACUUCCUCUAUCGGCGAACUCAGGCCCCUGCAGAGCACAUCGACACGCUCAUGGACCUUUGGGGCGCGACACUACAGAAGUACAAUGCCCACCCACCCUUCGCCGAUCACAAGGACUUGUAUAAAACCAUUGAUAAUAUCAAGGCUGGCGAAGUUCCCUGGGAGUCGUUCGCAAUGUCGUACAAGGGCCCGAGGCCAGUAGGCGACGUCCCACCAUGGAUGACCACAUCAUACGAUGUCUGGUUCCGCGACCCACGCACGAUCAUCAAAAACAUCCUUGCAAAUCCGGACUUCAAGGGCAGUAUGGAUUACAGUCCGUACCGCGAGUUUGACGCGUCGGGGUCGCGUCGAUGGGAGGAUAUGUUUUCUGGAGACUGGGUAUGGGACCAGGCGGACAAAAUAGCAGAAGAUCCCACGACGGCCGGGAGCACAUUUGUUCCCGUAAUCCUCGGUAGUGACAAAACAACGGUGUCAGUUGCCACCGGUCACACGGAGUACUACCCGCUAUACCUGUCCGUUGGCAAUGUCCACAACACCAUUCGGCGGGCGCACCGAAAUGCCGUGGCUCUCAUUGGCUUCCUCUCGAUCCCCAAAACAAACCAAAGCUACACCGGUGAUCCGGAGUUCCGGCACUUUCGCCGACAGCUUUAUCAUUCCUCGCUAUCAAGAAUCCUCCGCUCUCUGAAGUCUGGCAUGACUCAGUAUGAGGUCGUGCGGUUUGGAGACGGUUACUUUCGACGGGUCAUCUACGGCCUCGGACCUUACAUUGCGGACUAUCCGGAGCAGGCACUUCUCACCUGUAUCGUUCAAGGAUGGUGUCCGAGGUGUCUUGCAUUUCGGGAUGAUCUCGAUGGCUCGGAUGCAGUACAUCCGGUGUUGCAUCGGUGCAAAGAGCAUAACGAGCUGGUGAUCAAUGAGCUGGACCUCGGGACGCUGUGGGAUAACUACGGUAUCAUCGGGAAUACAAUUCCGUUCACAAACGACUUUCCACGCGCUGAUAUCCACGAAAUGAUAUCUCCCGAUAUUCUUCAUCAGCUCGUCAAGGGCACGUUUAAAGACCAUCUUGUCGAAUGGGUCGUCACCUACCUCCACAAGGUCCACACUAAGGCUCGCGCGCUCCAGAUCCUCGAUGACAUUGACCGGAGAAUUGCCGCUGUCGCGCCAUUUGCCGGGUUGCGACGAUUUCCAAAUGGGCGUGGAUUCAAGCAAUGGACGGGGGACGACAGCAAGGCAUUAAUGAAGGUCUACAUUCCAGCUAUCGAAGGGCAUGUGCCCCGUGAUGUCGUGCGCACAUUCCGCGCGUUCUUGGAGUUCUGCUACUUAGUCCGGCGUGACGUCAUUACUGACGAGACGCUGCUCGAGAUUGAGGAUGCGCUGGAGCGUUUCCACCGAUAUCGCGCUAUCUUCCAGACCUUGGGUGUUGCAAAUUCGAUAUCCCUCCCCCGACAACACUCGCUGAAGCAUUACCUCUUCCUUAUCCGUCAGUUUGGGGCGCCUAAUGGCCUCUGUUCUUCGAUAACAGAGUCAAAGCAUAUCAAAGCAGUCAAAGAACCAUGGCGAAGAUCGAGCCGAUUCGAAGCUUUGAAACAGAUGCUCAUAACUAAUCAGAGGUUAGACAAGCUAGCUGCAGCUCGGGUUGAUUUCGCUGCACGCGGAAUGCUGCAGGAUGCAGCUAUCAGCACGGCACUUAAUAGAUCCCUCACGCGGCGUAACGUAGAGGAUGAGGAGGGGUCUGCCAUUGAUGGCCGGAUUGAGGCAAGGGUUCGAUUGGCCAGCUCUCCAGCCCGUGGGCGCGCGCACACCAUCCCCGCUCUCGCUGGCGAGCUCAAGCUCCCGGAGUUUGACCUGUUUUAUCAGGUGAAGUGCUUCUUGCAUGAGCAGUUAUCGCCGGCAUCAGAGGUGGACGUCACAGAUGUCCCCCUUUCUCGUCUUCCUCACUUCCCCCGCAAGUCGCGUAUAUUCGUUUACAACUCAUCCCUCGCAACCUUCCGGGCACCCAGCGACAUAUGCGGAACAGGUGGAAUGCGUUCAGAACGCAUCCGCUCAACCCUCAACUGGAGGAACGAAGCCGCUCGCCAUGACUGCGCAUUUGUUUCGACGGACAACAGCAUCUCUGGUAUGCUAGGUAUGGAAGUAGCUCGGGUUCUGGCCUUCAUUGGCUUUGAUUACCGGUCGAAGUACUACCGGUGUGCACUAGUCCAUUGGUUCUCUAGGGUACAGGACGCUCGAGACGAAGACACCGGAAUGUAUAUGGUGGCCCCUGACUACAACGAAGACGGUACUGGUCUGCUUGGUGUUGUCCCCGUCAACUCCCUUGUCCGCGCUGCCCAUCUCAUCCCCUUCUAUGGCGAUAAAUUCAUUCCCGAAGGCGCCAAACACUAUAACUCCUACAACGAUUUCUUUGGAUUUUACGUCAAUCGGUAUGCUGACCACCAUUCGUUUCAGAUAGCUUAG